UUCAUUCUUCUCUUCCUGCAACUAGAAUGAUUGUUCUAUCUCUUCUCCUUCUCUAGUCCCGCCCUGCCAGCUCUCCUCUCCGGAGGGGACUCGGUAGCCCGAAAAGGGCCGACAAAAGCGCCGACGUGUUCAGAGGAGCGGAAGUACUCAAAUUUCACCGAGAACCGUAAAGUGCGGCUGGCUGGCUUCCUUUCCGGAUAACGACACAGCUCCGACUGUCAGUGCCGGCCUUCCUCGUGUUAGAGACCUGCUGGCCCCUUACUAAUUCAGUUUUUUCCCCAUCCGAGCCCUUCCCUAUCGUCGCCCCCUUCACUUUGGAUCAUGUUCAAGAAAUUUGAUGAAAAAGAAAAUGUGUCCAACUGCAUCCAGUUGAAAACCUCAGUUAUAAAAGGUAUUAAGAACCAAUUGAUAGAACAAUUUCCAGGUAUUGAACCAUGGCUUAAUCAAAUCAUGCCUAAGAAAGAUCCUGUCAAAAUAGUGCGAUGCCAUGAACAUAUAGAAAUCCUUACAGUAAAUGGAGAAUUACUAUUUUUUAGACAAAGAGAAGGGCCUUUUUAUCCAACCCUAAGGUUACUUCACAAAUAUCCUUUUAUCCUGCCACACCAGCAAGUUGAUAAAGGAGCCAUCAAAUUUGUACUCAGUGGAGCAAAUAUCAUGUGUCCAGGCUUAACUUCUCCUGGAGCUAAACUUUACCCUGCUGCAGUAGAUACAAUUGUUGCAAUUAUGGCAGAAGGAAAACAGCAUGCUCUGUGUGUUGGAGUCAUGAAGAUGUCUGCAGAAGAUAUUGAGAAAGUCAACAAAGGAAUUGGCAUUGAAAAUAUCCAUUAUUUAAAUGAUGGGCUGUGGCAUAUGAAGACAUACAAAUGAGCCUCGGAAGGAAUGCACUUGGCUAAAUAUGGAUAUUGUGCUGUAUCUGUGUUUGUGUCUGUGGGUGACAGCAUGAAGACAAUACCUCUGGUUAUGCUGAAUAAAUUCAACAGAUGCUAAAAUUC